AUGCAACUAGAACUGCAAGCAGUUGUAAACGGGGUCCAAGCCUCCCGACACCAGCCGCGGCCCUUGCCCAGCAGAGGCUGGGCGAGCCCAGCCCGCCCACGGAGGAUGAGGGAGCGGGCCCAUCAUGUCAACAUCCUAUUUCUGCUGUGUGUGCUGACAACAUGUGCUCAGACAGAGAUGAAGAGAGUUGUUGGAGACAAUGCUACUCUGCCCUGCCACCAUCAGUUCUGGGUGGGUGAUGACCCUACUCUUGACAUUGAGUGGCUGCUUCUCAAGCCAACCAACAGACAGAGAGUGGUGAUCACCUACUUUGCUGGACAGGUUUUUGAUCCAAAUGAAGCAGAACAUGGCCGUGUAGCCUUCGCUGGAGAGUACUUAAAAGGCGAUGCCUCUCUGCUGAUCAGUGACUUGUCUCUGACGGACUCUGGAGAGUACAGCUGCAAAGUCAAGACUGGUGCACAAUAUCACUGGAGCACCAUAAGCCUCAUAGUACUGGCGAAGCCGUCCAAGCCACGGUGCUGGAUGGAGGGCAAACUGUUGGAGGGCGGUGAUGUUAAGAUGAGCUGCAAGUCUGCUGUUGGCUCUGAUCCCAUCCACUACAAAUGGGAGAGGGUACUGGACAAGGGCAAAUAUGUUGGCAAGUUGCCUCUAAUGGCCCUAAUAGAUUUGAAAAAUCCAGAGAUUGUGAUGUUGAGGAACUUGACCAAGGACAGCACCGGAGUCUACAAAUGCACAGCCAGCAACGAUGUGGGAGAAGAAAGUUGCACCGUGCAGGUCAAGAUGCAAUAUGUUAGGGGGAUAGGUGUGGUAGCGGGAGCAGUGGUUGGUGUGUCCUGUGGAGUCCUCCUCAUCAUUCUCAUCAUCUGGUUGGUGUUCCGAAAAAAAGCGAUGAAGAAAUAUGAAGAAGAGGAGACCCCAAAUGAAAUCAGGGAGGAUGCAGAAGCUCCCAAAGCUAAACUGGUCAAGCCCAACUCCCUCUCCUCAUCCCACUCUGGCAGCUCUCGCUCAGGCACCUCCUCCACCCAGUCCAUGGUGCACAACAUGGGGCUCCAAGGCCAAGGAACCUGUGUUCCUACUGUGGCACCUCUCAAGAAAAACUGCCAAGCCUCUACCUUCUCUCAAUCUCCACCUAGCUACAAUCAGACAGUUCCCAAGACUCCUGGACCACAUUCUACACCCACCUCCACAUCUACCUCCAAUUCCCAGCCCAGCCCUCCACCUAAACUUAGUUCUGGGAACCUGAGCUGCUUGGAGGCCACUUCUGUUGUGAUCCCUACCCAAAUGAAGGCCUUCCAGACUGUGUAGAAGAUAUGUAAUCACACAGGGGACAAGAUCAAUGUCCCUUAGGACAUGGCAACCACCUAAAUCCAAGAGUUAGAGUCUGAUAAAGAUCCAGUUAUAUUAUUCAGAUAAAUUCCCACCAAUCGCAAUCUGAUGGAUACUUUCAGCAACUUAACUCUUGGAGAAUCUCUGCUUCACACUAACAAUAUAGGAUCAAGCUUCCUAUGGUGUUGUUUGAUGACAGUAGGGUUUUAUGGUCUAUUAUUUUGAAAGACAAGGAGGUGUUGAAACUGAAGCAGCAGUUGGUUGCUAAUGGAAGAAGAAGAUUGCAUAAACCACGAGGGUGACACAAUGAGGGGAAAUCGAAAGUGUACAGAAAGUGUAAAGACUUACAGUGGAUAAAAUGAGGACAUUAAAUCACAACUUCAUUCUUUUUGCAGAAGACAACAGACUGCUCAUUGAUACAUCUGAAAAGGUUAGAUUAGUUCAUAAGAGAACAAGAAAAAGAGACAAACGUCUUUGACAGUAGUUUUUAACAAUCUUGAACGCCUUCCUACAUACAGUAAACCACUUUACACCUGUUGCAAAUUAAUUAAUAAAAAAUUAAUUCCCUGCACCUAUGACUGAACUGAUAAAAUUCAAUUUUUAUAAUAUAUAAAUAGGAUGAAUGGCUCUGACACUUCAUAUAUCCAUCAAUACCUGUGUCACACACCGUAACAUGGACAUUGGACAUGGAAGGAAAAUAGCGUACAUGUGCAAAUGUGGAGAUAACUUCCCAUUUUCAGUAGUUUCAGAGUAGAUUCAUACAGGAUACAUCAUGUUCAUACUAUUCAUACCUGAAAUGUCAAUUUACAGGAUAAUGAAGUACUGAUAUUUUAAAAUUUUGUUUCAGGGUUAAACAGAUGCCCUAUUAAGAAAGUGGUGGUGAUUGUGAUGGUUUUCAUUUUAUUUAUUUAUAUUAGCCUGUUUUGUGUGUAGUAUACCUUCUUUUUUAAUCCAAGAAUGAAAAACUCUACGACUGUUAAUGCUAAAUUAAAUUGUGUUAUGUACAGUGUUGUCAAACUUGAAGUCAAACUCUCCCAUAUUAAAAUAUUUCUUUUGAAUUUAAA